GACUGAAGCAGGACUGGAACUAAGCUUUGGAAAUUACAAUAGAUUGAUCACGGUUGCCAAAGUACUCGACUUAUUAUGCUGGGGAAAAUGGAUCGAACCUGUGGUAGUCACUGCCAAAAAGCCGAUGUGAAAUAAAGCUAUACCAUUCUUGAAUGAUCUAUGGCUGUCAAUCACUUGGUUUGAAAAGCAACUUGUACAAUGUCUGUGGGAGCCAACUUUGUCAAUCACCGACCGGAGUUGAAUUUUUUUUACCAAUCUUUAGUUUGUCCAAGUUACCAGCUCGUUCCAACUGUCCUUCUUCACAUUCUCAACAUUUAUACAGAAAUGGCUUCUGAACAAAUCAAAGUUGGUGACAUCAUCCCUGAUGUUCCCCUCUCCUACGUUCCUUACGAUCCUAAGGAAGAAUUGAAGGCAUGCACUCGCCCUAUCGCUUUCAAGAUCCACGAGCAGCUCAAGGGUAAGAAGGCUGUUAUCUUUGCCAUUCCUGGACCAUUCACUCCUACUUGCAGUGAGCAACAUGUUCCUGGAUUCAUCGAAAACGCCGAUAACCUCAAAAGCAAGGGUAUCAACUACAUUAUUUGCGUUUCCUGUGUUGAUGGAUUCAUCAUGAAUGCUUUUGGAAAAGUUAUCGGUUCCACUGACAAGGUUAUCAUGGCUGGCGACGGCAGUGCCGCGUUCUGCAAUGCUCUUGGCCUUACCCAAGAUCUCACCAAGGGCGGUAUGGGUAUUCGCUCUAAGCGAUUUGCCAUUCUUGUCAAUGACCUUGUUGUUGAGUACGUUGGUGUUGAAGCUGCUCCCGGUACUACUGUCUCUGGUGCUGAUGCCGUUUUGGCCAAGUUGUAAGCCUAAAAUCCAUAAACUCGAAAAUUACUCAAUAAAAGUUAGACUGAAGGAGUAAUUCCGAAUGAUACCGAGCAUUGGUUGUAUGCAUAUCACUUUCGCCUACUACUCCGAUAGCUGCUAUUAUAAUGCAAAUAACCUAGGGAACAGGUUGUAAAAAUUCCAACGAUUUUUUGUCUC